AAAUUCAAACAAACUUCCGAUGAACCGUGCAAAAACUUUUUUUUAGGGCUUGAAAUUAGACGAAAACACUUUUAACUGGACUAAACACGUUUGUGCGCUCUUGGAGAUUUUUGCGCGCAUCGAGAAAACACCACCUGUUGACUGAUAUCGUUUGCUCUAUGGAUACCAAAUGAACGAACAGGCAUAUUUAAGAUGUUGAUUCGUAACACUGAGUGACCUUUGUCGUUUUGAUGCUUUGGGUUUUCUUGCCCAAUUCUUCGUAUGGGAGUCUCCUCUUCUCCUACAUCUCCUUUGGGAUUGACAUAUGACGGACUUCAUUGGGAAUACAGCCAGUGCUUGACUGGGACACUGUUUUUGUAUUUUAAUAAUGAUCAUCACCUUGAGAUAUCCAAAUUUAUAAACUGGGCUCAGGUGAAAAGUCCCACACUGAACUGGAUGACGAUGAAGACAGUUUCUUAUAUUCUUGCUGUUAUGAUCAUUUGGAAUUUAGCCUGUGUUAGUGGAGAACUAUUUCUAGACCCCCCACACACCCCCUGGCCUCUGUACUCUGUGGCAGAGGACGACACACGCUUACCCUGUCGAUUCAAUGUAUCGGACAGUGAGGUUCAGGUGGUGCAGGUGACGUGGAUUCGAGAGAACUCGAAUGGAGAUGAAGAACAGAUUAUCACUGCUCAUUUCAGCGACGGCCAGACAAAGAACUCUGCAUAUGCAGGGCGUGUGCGGUUUGAGACCAGCAACCCAGUAGCAGACUCUGCUCUGAUAAUUAUGGGCACAAGUUCCUCAGAUGAGGGCAAGUACAUCUGCAAAGUCGUUACCUUCCCCACAGGAAACUUUGAGACUGAGGUUUCUCUGACAAUUUGGACUAAACCCAUCACGUCCCUCGAGCCAGUCAUUCUGGUUGAGGGUCAGUCAUUCCGCGUGGCUGCUACGUGCCGUUCGGUGGCUAAGCCAAUGGCAGGCCUAUCCUGGGACACGGACUUGCCAGGUCAGAGCCAGAACAGAAGCUUGGAUGAUGGGGUGGCCUCUAUACAGUUUUCCCUCCACCCUCUCCGUAGCAUGAAUGGUCAGAAGCUGGACUGCCUGGUCUGGCACCCAUCUCAAAACGGCCCCCGGAAGAUUAGCAAUAACCUUAUAGUACACUACCCUCCAAAUGCAUUGAUCUCUGACUAUGAUGACAACUGGCAUGUUGAAAUGCAAGGUGCCACGCUACAAUGUACUGGUCAAGGAAAUCCAAAACCUCACCAAUUCAACUGGACUAGGAAAGGUGAAGGCCUACCAGAGGGUGUGACUGUGGAUGGUGGCAUUCUGCGGUUUGGUAGGCCCCUCCGUUUGACAGAUCAAGGAGAUUAUGUUUGCACAACCACCAAUGAGGUGGGAUCUGGGAAAGCUGAGAUUGCAAUAAGUAUAUUAGAGUCAUCAAAGCAGCACACAUCCGUUAACCACAUGCUGAUGAUUAUUAUUGGUGUAGUGGCUACAGUGGUUGUUCUCACUCUUGUCAUAGUGAUUUUCUCCGUAAAUCGCCACUAUAAACGCAAAAACCAACAACUGGCCAUAGAGCUGGAUGCAAAAAAGGAAGAAAUCAGCACUCUAUCAAGACAAGCCUCGAUUAGGAGAGUGACCUCAGGCAGCUCAGACAACAGAUAUUCGGACGAUCACCCCUUAAAAGUUGAGGGGACGUUGCGCACCAGUCUUUCCUCACUGGAUCGUCCUCGCUCCAGGGAUAGUCGUUCCACUCUGGGAGGGGUGGACUUCCUUGGCCGUCCUGCAAUUUAUAACUCUUCCAGAAGAGGUAGAGAAAAAGUGAUGGAGAGAGACAGAGCUGAAAGAGAAUCCACUCGAUUGAUGAUGGAGUCUUAUGAACGGGACAGUAAUAUGUCACAGGAAACCCAACUCCUCCCUCCCCUCCACCCCUCUUCCUAUACAAUGGACCAGACCACUGAAAUUGUCAGAUCUCGGAACGGCAGUGCCAUUUUCCUUGGAGAGGGGAGACCACAAUCAGGAGGCAGUAGCAGAGGAGGCAGCCGAGGGCAACAUUCACCUUUAGUGUCUAAAUACCCGACUCCUUCCAAUGAAGAGGAAGAUUCUGUUAGCCCUACAGAUGAAGAUUUAGUUGUUCGCAGAGGCUUAACGGAGCCUGGCAGAUUUGAAAACGGCGGCAGCGAGACAACGAGUCAUCAGAUAUCUGAGGCACUAUCCACUCAUUUUGAGCGUAGUAAUGGCACGCUACGGCCCAAGUCAAAACCCAAUAACAUCCUGCUCCCUGCCAGCACCACUACCUUGCUCCUCCCUUCCCAUAGCCCAGCUAUCCAUAGAGCUCAGAUCGUUUAGACUCUGAACUACAUCAAUUUGUAUUUUUGGCCCAAUGUUUGAAGAACCUUGAAUUUAUUCUGUAACUUCACUUUCCAGCAGGGGGGGUGUCUGGGCCCUAGAUCAAGAUUUUCAUACUCAUUGUUUCCAAAAUGCUAAGCCAAAAGUGGAUGUAUAUACCAUAUUUUUGCAUAGAAAACUAUAGAAAAAAAGUGGUAUUUAAAAAGAAAGUUACUUUUCACUUAGCAGGUGCUUUUUAUUCAAAGUGAUCACAUACAAAGUCAAGGCCAAUUGAACUUUUAUUCAAAUACAUUGAAAUGGUGGUAAAAAUGUGGGGCUAAAAAUGACUGUGAGGCCAUCACCACACUCAGGGUUUCUCAGACUUCCUGAAACAAGGACCCCUUUCAUGAUUUUUAUUUUUAUUAUUAUUAUUAUUAUUAUUUUAUCUUCAAAUAAUUUUUUUUAUUAUUGGAAUCUAACAUUGUGAUUCUGAGAGCUGGUUGGUUUAGUUCCAGGUUUAGAACUCUUUAUUAAAGAAUAUUUUUAAAUGCCUAUGGAGAAAAAGAAUGGGAAAAAUACAUCCUUAUCAUAUUGCCAGUUUUUGACAUUUUUGUACAUUUCUAUACACAACGAAUUUUCCACGGACCCCCUGUCUAUCUGCAAUGAACCCCAAAUGAACUCAGACCGAAAGAACAGUACCAGCAUUAUUUACAUAGUGCCUUAGUCGCAUAAUCCACAACGUAUUCUGGGCCUCUUGAAUAUUAAGGGGCACACCAUGUGUUUCAGGUAUGGAUUAACUGGAGAGCACCAGAGCUGAGCUCCUUUGUCUAACCAGGGAAAAGGAAUUAAGAUUUUAUAUGUGCAAAUAGCUUUGGGAGAAAAACACUGCAUGCCCUGUUUUCUAAAGAGUCUGGGCAGUUAAUCCUUCACUGUGACUUUUGGAGCUUGAUAUUUGUAAUCCAGAGAUUGUACAGUUGGUAUUCUGGAAUAUUUUUGAAUAUGUAUGUGUUGUAUAUUUUGCUACUGGAAGCUACCCUUUAAAGACUUGCAAUUUGCAAAGCCACUGCAUGAAUAGUAUUAUGAAGUAUUGCAGACUACCUGCAAUAAAAAAAAUUGUGAAUGGCUGUUGAGUAUUCACAGAAUGUCAGUGACAUUAUCAUUGUUUACAACAUUUAUACUUCAUUAUGUAAUAGUGCUUUAAACAUAUUUAGUUUGACAGUACUUCAAGUUUUACCACAAGUUAGGCUACCACAAGGUCAGAUACUGCUGUGACCUCUUUUUAUCUCACAAAAUAUAAUGCCUUGGUCCUGAUGAUCAUCUUGCUGUAUUCAGUUCAUUUGAGCAUAUAAGCAAUUCAGCAUUGUCAUUUGUUACAACAGUGUGUGGAUGUGGCUUUAACAGCUGGUUAUUAAAUCUACCCUACAUAUAGUAUGUACUAAUUAAUGUAAAUACUGGAAUUAGAACUGCAUGGUUUGGCAUUGUUCGGCAGUUGAACAGAGGUAUCUGGGGUGUGGUGACUCCCAAAGAUUGACCUUGGUAACUAACAUUGUUUCCAUCACACUACCAUUGUUAGUACAGUUAUUGCUAGGCUUCUACAUUAAAACUGGUUGUAACUGUGGUAAUAAAGAACAAUAAUAAUAAGAAAAUGCCAUAUUAAUGUAUGUUUUUGCAGUAUUAACAAUAAUUGUCUUAACUAUGGUGUUUUUGUGGAAACUAUGGUUGUUUUUCUGUAAGGGUUGUGAUCCUUUUUAAAAGCUUGCAAUUAAUUCUUUGUCCCCUUCAUGCCUGCACAUAUUUGGGUCAUUCCUACAAUUCGGAGCCAUUUAAGCCCCCAGUACAAGUUGUGGUAUUUAUAAUGUUUAAUUUCACCUGAUUGCAAUUUUAAUAGGCUUGAUUAAAAAGAAUAAAAGCUCAAAGAGUAAUUUUAUAAAUAUUAUACUAUUACUUAUAAUGUUACACACUGCUGUGAGGCUAAGAGUUGAAUUUUAAAUCAUUGAAAUUAUUUGUUAUUAUUGCACUAGUGUCAUUUCCUCGUGUCCCCGGAGCAGCACGUCAAACAUCUAUGACAAAGUGCUAAAUCGUUAGAUUUCUAUUUUUACCCCCUUUAUGUUCAAUUAACAUUCGUAAAAUUAUUUUGAGUAAUUUAAAGAGCGUAACUUGUUUGUUUUAUGUAUGUUUCCCUUUAUUUUGUGAUAUUAGUCAUGUGGUCAAGCACAACAUGUUCACCCUGUUAUGGGAGGAUAUAAGAAAAAAGUAUGUAAUUAAAAAAAUCAGCAAUAUAAGUUUUCAAAUAUGUUUGCUAAAUAUCAUUCACAGACCAUGUAAUGGCUAAUUUAUCCACUGAAUGUCCACCCUGCUAUGUUCGCCCUAACCCUGCCCAUUUAACCGUACGAACAUGUAAUUUGUACGUCAUUUAGCUUAACUGGCACGACUUAUAAAAUCUUUAACAUGUCUCUUUAAUUAUGAAACAUAAAGAUAUUUAUAAAAGUAUCUUUCAUUUCCAAAGUUUUAAAGCCGAAAUGUCACCGAAUGGCAGGAAUGAUCCAUUUAUGAAUUUUAUUUCGACUUUUAUUUUGAAUUUAAUCCUGAGGUUUAGUCAGACGGACAUUCAAAUUAAUUUUGUGCUGCUGUCAGUUUGCUUUGCAGUGCUUUACAAUUAAA